CAGCGUCCAGGCUCGAUGGACGGGAGCCAUCGCUGGCGCUGGACACGAGAGUCUCUUAGAAUCGCAGUCCUUCACGCGGGAAUUCCGCUUACGACGGCUGCCGACGCUGGUGAUUUGUCACGGAAGUUUGGAGGGCCGUAGUCUGUUCUGGGUUUGGCAGUUGUCUGUGGGUGGCGUCUUGGUCUCAGGCUCUGCACGGGGCAUUAUGGGAGUCGUAGUUGAGACCAACGGUAUUUGUCCCGGCGCAUUCUGGGAGUUGUGGUCUGGGAAGCGUAGUCGCUCCAGAGCCCCUGGCUCUGGCGCUGUGUGCGCGGGUGCCCGCAUUCUGGCAGUGGUGGUGCCUGAGGAGGGCGCCUCAGCCCUGGCCGGGAGCCCGCGGUCGGUCUUCGGAAGGGUAGCCUUCCGAGGCCCGCGGCUCAGGCACAGCGUACGCAGGCGUGGGGCGUUCGGCAGCGUCGUGAGUGAUGGGAGCGCCUCUGCCCCGGGCCGGAGGCCGCGGUGGGCCCUGGGAAGUGUAGUCGCCCGCUGCCCGGCCUGGUCGGGGGUCUGGUGUCUGAGGCUCCGGCGGGCAGAGUCCCUGGACGCGGAUCCGGAAGUCAGGCUCGCGUUGGGCCCGAGGUACCUAAAAGCAGCCCCUUGUGCGCGAGAUCCCCUCCGGGUGGCCCGCGCCGGAGACCAUCUGGAGCGUGAGAACGCCUCGUCCUCCGGGCCCGAGGCGCAGAGGAAACGCGCCCUCCUGUCACCCCCCCACCCCCCUUACGGGAGGCGGUGCCGGGGUGCGGGUCAGGUCCGGGGAUCCCACGCCGUGGCUGUGAGGGACGCUCUUCGGCGCCCUGGCUCAGCCGCCCCCCUGCGCUGCUCGGCCCUGCCGCGAGCCAUGUCUCAGGGGUCAGUGACAUUCAGAGAUGUGGCCAUAGACUUCUCCCAGGAGGAGUGGGAACGGCUUCAGCCUGCUCAGAGAGCUUUGUACAGGCACGUGAUGCUGGAGAACUACAGCCACCUGGCCUCACUGGGUCUUAACAUUUCUAAGCCAUAUGUGGUUUCUUUAUUGGAGCAAGGGAAAGAGCCCUGGCUGGAGAAAGGAGAUGUGAGAAGAGAUCUUUUUUCAGAAUCAGAUGGUGAGGUCAAAGAGUUUUCUCAAAAAAACGUCAUUUAUGAAGACGACUCACCCCAGUGUUUGGUAGUGGAAAGAAUUCUAAGCCACGGCCCUGAAUAUUCCAGCUUUAAAGGAGGCUGGAAAUUUGAGGAAGAUACUCAGAUGCAAGGAAAUCAGGGACGUAUCAGGCAAGGAACGGUAUCUCAUCAAGGAGCUCUGUCUCCGCACACGAGUAUCAGUACCGUGGAGAGGCCCCAUGGAUGUCGUGAGUGUGGGAAGACUUUCAGUCGGCGCUUUUCCCUUGUGCUACAUCAGAGAACUCAUACUGGAGAGAAACCCUAUGUGUGUAAGGAAUGUGGCAAAACCUUUAGCCAGAUCUCAAACCUUGUGAAACAUCAGAUGAUUCAUACUGGAAAGAAACCCCAUGAGUGUAAGGACUGUAAUAAAACAUUCAGUUACCUCUCGUUCCUCAUUGAACACCAGAGAACACAUACCGGCGAGAAACCCUAUGGAUGCACUGAAUGUGGAAAGGCCUUUAGCCGUGCCUCAAACCUCACUCGACAUCAGAGAAUUCAUAUAGGAAAGAAACAGUAUAUAUGUAGGAAAUGUGGGAAAGCCUUUAGCAGUGGCUCGGAGCUCAUUCGCCAUCAGAUCACACACACUGGGGAGAAACCCUAUGAAUGCACUGAAUGUGGGAAGGCGUUUCGCCGUUCUUCUCACCUUACUCGGCAUCAGAGCAUCCAUACUACCCAAACCCCCUAUGAAUGUAAUGAGUGUAGGAAAGCCUUCCGAUGCCACUCAUUCCUUAUUAAACAUCAGAGAAUUCAUGCUGGAGAAAAGCUCUAUGAAUGCAAUGAAUGUGGUAAAGUUUUCACAUGGCAUGCAUCCCUUAUGCAACAUAUGAAAAUUCAUACUGGAGAAAAGCCCUAUGCAUGUACUGAAUGUGAUAAAACCUUUAGCCGGAGCUUUUCCCUCAUUCUACAUCAGAUAACUCACACUGGGGAGAAGCCCUAUGUGUGUAAAGUUUGCAAUAAAUCCUUCAGCUGGAGCUCAAACCUUGCCAAACAUCAGAGAACGCACACUCUAGAGAACCCCUAUGAAUAUGAGAAUUCAUUUAAUUAUCACUCAUUCCUUACUGAACACAAAGAAAUUCACACUAUAGAGGAAAUAUAAGAAUAUGGAUUGAGAAAAAUGGUUGAUGCCUUACUUUGACUUCAAAGGAUUCUUGGAAAGAAGCCUUAUGUGAAUAUGUUGAAUGUGAAGAAAAAUGGGUCAUACUUGAUUCAACAUCCUGGAGACAAAAUAACUCAGGAAUCUGUGGGACAGCUGGUAAGAGCUUUGCAUUCUUUUUGUGAUGUCAGAAGAUGAAAUCAUCCCAAGACUUCACCUGGUGAAGUCUUCAUUCCUACCAGACAAGAAUAUGUGGCCAAUAAAUGUGAGAAAGAUUUUAAUUAGAAAUUGAUCCUAAUUCUGCAUCUGUUGGCUCAAACAGGACUGAAUAUGUGGUAAGAUUGCACUUUUUCCUGGAUAUCAGAAAGUUCAUAAUGAAGCAAAGUCAUGCAAACACAAUGAUUUGGAAAUGUUUUUUUGUACCAUGCAGUAUUUGUUAAGUUUUAAAAUACUCUUCUAAAGAGAAAACACAACCUUAUAAAUGAAUGGAUUAUAGUGGUGAUUUUCUGCAUUAUUUCAAAACUACAGAAUUAUACUGGGGGAAAAACUACCUUAACGAGUGUGGCAAAAUCUUAAAGAGUUUUGAGAAGUCAUACUGGAGGGGAUCUGUGGGCAAUUUUUGUUUUAAAGCACAUUCAAAAAGCUAUGAAUAAAUAUUUUGUUUUCUAGUUGAUCUGGUAAUUGCAGAGUUUUUUUCCACAGCAUUUGUGAUUCUGAAAAUGCAACUACCACAAUACUGACAUCCCUAACUAAGAUGAGUGUGCUUUUGUAGAAACAUACGUGAAUACAGAGACACUUCUAGUAUAUUAUGGCUUUAAUUGUGAGACACAAUGUAGAUUUAAGGUUAUGCUAAGUCAUGUUUAUCCUUGAAUAUGACUAGACCUGUUUAUUCUAAAUAAAUGUAAUUAAGGUUUUUCACAGGAAAAUGCCAAGGUAGUUUUGUUCUAUUUGCAGUAGGAACGUGUCCUUUGUAAGCACGUAUUUGUCAAAAUAAAUCAAUAUGUUUUCACUCUC